UCCAUAUUUAACUAUGUAGUUAAUUACAUGUUCAAUCCUUGGAGUUAGGGUUGCUCGGCUUCGAUAUAUGUCUGUUGAAUAGCCGAUAUGUGUAAGGGCUUACAGGUUACUCAUUGCUUGUGAAUAAGAUCGACUCUGAAAGGCCCUCUCUAUGUGUGGACUAGUACUAUUAACAUAUAACGCACCGCAUAAGUCACGUGUUUGUAUUUCAGUUUUCGUUAAAAUUCAAAUUUAUCGAUCGUGGGAUGUUGUUGUGGUUUGUUAUAUUCAGCUGCUUGAUCUGAAGUAGCUCUGCCUCUGCCUAACAUGCAUGAGAAAUAUGGAGUGAGAAAGAGUGCCUAAUUAAGAAGGAGAAAAGGAUGAAUCCAAUCAACUAGCUAGUGGAAACAACAUCGUCCACAUCUUCCCUUCCAACCCUCACGAUUCGUUCCAUAGCUAGCUGUUCCUUUGUUUUUAUCUCCUUCUAUUCUUCUUCAGCUCUCACAAUAACAAGCGGUUGUGAAAGCUACCAGGAAUGUUGUGAUACAGUUUUCAGAUGCAUAAGACAUCGAGUUGAUAACUACAUACACUGUCGACUUUCAGAAUAGAGAACAAAAUAAACAAAAAAAAAAUUAGGGCGUUCGUUUUUUCUUGCGUCGACAAGGACAUAACACAUUCAUACUAGCUACUAACGGCACAGUCGACGUGAAUAUUGGAUAAGAAAAGCGGUCAGGAUGUGGGUGUGCACGUGGGUGGUUAAUUCAAGUUUGAUAUCAAUUCACUCGCAAAUAAUUCGAACCGUAGUUGAUAGGUAAUUAAUGUGGGUGGAUUGUAGAUCGAUAAAUCUGCUAAUCACAUUUAUUUGGGACUUCCGGUGGGUUGAGGGUCAUCCGCAUGACCAGCGGUACUCCAUUUUCAAAAUGAAAAAAGUUGGUUUCUUGUUGACUAUCAAAUAAUCAUCAUAUUUCAAUAACAACACUACGCACUGAUUGUCGACUUCUAAAUGGAAAAUAAAGAUUAUUUUUGGACCACUACUAUUGAUUACUAUGUUGUGUAAUGUCCAUUAGGUGUUGAGAUGAUGAUUAUAAACUAUUUAAUUGUAUCAAAAUCGCAGAUAGCGUUGACAAAGUACGGUAAAUUUGGAUAAAAAAAACUAGAAGUAUCCAUGAGAGACAAAGUGAGAGGCGUCUAAAUUGUUACAAUCUAGCUAAUUUCGUUUAAACAAUUUAUUACAAAUGCUAGUCAAUUUACUUAAUGAUUAGUAAAAAACUUGCUUUAGUAGGUUAACCCACUACCCAACUACACUUACUCUUCGUUAGAAAUGACAAUGGGACGAAUUUCUCUAAACCAUCAUCAUCCCCAUUAAUAACAAAACCCCCACUCGUUGCAUACCCAUGCGGGGAAAUAUUUGCAACCCCACUCUCAUACCCAUAAAAGUGUAAUACUUGAGUAAGCCUGGCUUUAGAGAGAACGGCAACCGCAGUAAGUCCAUUAGUUUUGUUGGGCUAUUGACGAUUGAGAGUUAAACAUGAGCAGGCCCAUAUAUUAAGGCUUCGACAUGUGGAUGUGGUGUGAAGCCUACUAUGAUAAGGAUUAAUAAUCGCUCCACUAAUACUGAAAAUCGAUUUUCUAAAAAAAAAAAUUACUGAAAAUCGAUUGAAGAGUAUCUGUAUCUCUAGCAAUUUCAUGCAGGAUAAUAUAUUUUUUCUUAUCGGACUUAAAAAAAAAAAAUAUAAAAACAUAAAAAUGAGGAACGUUCAUUAUAUAUCGUCUUCCAAAUACACAUUCAUAUCGAACAUUUCCUUUUCUUGCUGAGGCAUAUGAGUAAAAUUCCAUAGGAAAAGUUUCUUCAUUUCUCCUCCUACUCAACUAUCAUGAAUUGACCACUUAUAAUCCAAGGGCGUGCUCUAUGUCGUUCUUACUCUUCUCAAAAUAACUUUUCGAAAAGUAGCAUAAUAGCACCUCAUGCUGCAACUUUCAUCAAAGUGUUCACAUCGAACCAAUGCAGCUCAUACUUUUCUAAACAUAUCUUAGGACAUUGAUUUGAUUCACUCUAAUACCACAAACAUACCACUCGAGAAUAACAAGUUUGCAGCAGGAUCCAGUGCCUUGAGAAAAAAUUAGUAGCUCUAUACAAGAUCUUCAACCUCCUGUAAAUCGAGUUCGCUUGUCAUUUCUCAGUCUUAAUCAGUAGGAAAGUUUUUGUACUAUGGCUUGCAAUUUUUCCAAACGGAAAAAACACAUCUUUGUAUUCCAUUUUCAUAUCCAACAUCAAAUAAGUUGAAUCCCAACGAGUUUCACAAUUAUGAGUCGUCUUCUUACCAUAGAGUAUACACACUUGGCGACCUGUCUUCUCAAACUUUUCGUACCUUUUUUUGUGUGGUCAACCAUAAGUGUCAAUUAUUUUGUAUCAUUUUCAAUUGCAAGUUCAAUUAUUUUAACCGUUCCCUUUUUACACUCAGGUUGAGGAUGUGUGCAUAACAACAAUGUGGAUACUUUUCCGAGCAAAAAAAGAGUGUUGGAAUUUGGAAAUUUCUUCAAAAAAAUGAAGUUAUUCAUCUUCACACAAAUGCAUAUCCACAGAUCUAAUGGUGAAUUUUGCUCAAUUCACUCGUUUUGAAUCCGAUCCAAUCCACUAGUUUUGAUAUAAUGGAUGAUGAUUAAUGGACGACUUAAUCGCCUCUCGGAUACUCAUUUUCUCGAGCUAGCUACUAGUAACAUGACUACCCAUUAGCUGACAAAUCAAAAGCAAAAACCCUUUUGAUCCAUUAGUUUUGCUCCCUCUAGAACGUGUGUUUGAUUCCAUAUCAUUACUUGUAAAUUGUAAUGUAAUGUAAUGUAAUGAUCGUCGAAUCUAUGAGAAUGUCUUCUACAAUUGAUGGUCUUAUGUUAUCUAAUAUCUACAAUUAACAACAACUUAAUUAGUCAAGUAUUAGACACAAAGAUGGAAAAUGGGAAUGGAAAUCGUUUUAGUAUUUUAUUUAUCACCGGCGCCCAUGCAUGCGGGCGAAUGGGGCGGAGGAUAUAUCACAUGGAGGAAGAACGUGGUAUGUUGAGAUAUUGAGAUGAGGAGGAGAAGCCCCUCUAGCUUGGAACUUGGAACUAAAAUCCAGAGAUUAUUAUUAUAUAAUGCAUAAUACCCUAAUGUGAAUGCAAUCAUAAUAUUCGUAAAGAAGAGAAUUAAAUAUAUGUUGGAGUUGUUCACCGUACAUUCCAAAAUUAACUUUUAUUACGGUGGUUCUCGCUAUAUAAAUCAUGAAUUAAUCGGUGAGUUUGAGACACGAUACUAUGUACUAACUUUUAACCAAAUGAAUUAUGAUUAUGCUACUUAUAUAUUUUUUUUAACACUUGAAUCCUUAUUAGGGUUGUCAAUCAUUAAGUAUACUAAAUCAAAAAUCAAACAGGAAAAUUUUCAAAAACCAAAAUUGAAAUCGUUAAGUGCCUUACCAGUAAUUUAUUAGCAGAAAUUGAUAAGUCUCUUAACGAUUUUGUUUUGGUUUGAUUUGGUUUGGAUAAAUUAAUAAACCAAAUCCAUAGUUUGGGAAGUCGACAAAUGGAGUGAGAAAAAAGAUAGCAAUAAGCAUAAAAAUAGGAAAUAAGUGUAGUUUACAUGAGUUGAUGAUAACGCGUAUUAUUGAUGAGUAAUAACUUAAUAGAGUAUCAUCGGUUUCUUAUUAAUUUGAAUGAUUUUAAAACCAAAAAACGACUCAUUAAACUUCUUAUUGAUUUGAUUCGGGUUAAAAUAAAACAAAUAAAAGCGAACUAACAAACAUACUCCUCAUCAUGCAUGUUAUUCUUGAUACUAUAUAUAUCAACUUCAAUCCUAAUUCACAAUCAUCAUCUCAUCACCAGAUUGAUGCCAUCUUUCACGUUUGUUUUUCUCCAAGAGAUCAUGCUUAAUUAGAGAUAUAGCAGAGAACAAAGCUUCAGAGGAAAGGUUGUCACCAUUCCCAAAAAGAGAUCCAAAAUGUUGUUAAUUUAAUUAAUCACAUCGUUAAUCGUUUUCGCCAACUCUGCAGUUUCGUUUUAAUAAACACACGCCUCAACCACUUAGAUUAAUGUUGCUCGUCGCUUGUUCAUUGAUCGUCAAAGUUUCUUCCGAAUAUGUUAAUGCUGGAAUUGUUGUAUAUAUUUAAAAACAAAUGUGAUAUCGUAGAUGGUUUCCAAAGCUAACUCAGUUAAACAACGGCUGCAAAAUUAUAAGAUUUUGAAUAGGCAACUAGGUAUGGUGAAAUCUCAAGUUGUGCAAGCUAAUUUAUCUUAGAUGCAUGUUGUUCAUCGCUUCUUAUGUCCAUUCGUCAAAAGUUUCUUCAGAUGUGUUAAUGGUGGAACCGUUUUAUAUUUAGUAUACAAGUGACAUCGUACGUGAUUUUUAAAACUACCCAAACUAAUAACAAUCGCGUACUUUAUUAAGUAUGGAUAAAUCUCAAUCAUGGUAACUAAUGACGAGGUUGGGGAGAAUCUUAAACCAAAUGAAGUGAUUCCAAAAGGUAAAAGGUUUUCAAUGUGGGGAAGAAAGAAAUUACGAAAACAACAAAAGGAGAGAGAUUUAGAUUUUAGACCAAUCAAACCAGCCACCGAUGCAGCUUUUGUCCUUUACGAAUCCACCCAAUGGGAAACUCGACCGAACCCGGCAACCAAAACGUACAGCACAGAGAGACCAGCAGCUGCAGCCUGCAGCUAUGGCUACUAGCUCACUCAAUAUAAAACACCGAUCUUGUCUCCACUAAACCCAUAAAUCUAGUAAUAUUCCACCACUCUUCCUCCUAAAAGCAGCACAAUCCAAGCUCAGAAUCCAUGGAUUCAUAACAGCCAGCAAACCCAGAUAGCAACUUUUUGACAAAAGGGGAAACCAUGAGGAAGCACAAGAAUCUGGCUUCUUCUCAGAGCCUAGGCGCAUUCCCCAUCCCCGGCCAGGCGGCGGCGAGAAGUUUUUACCAGGACAGCAGCAACAAAGGGUGGUUCUCGGAGCGGGUGCCGCAUCCGUCCUCCUCGUCGGCGGCGGCCGCACGCCAGCGGGGGAUUACUGGGCUGACCCCGUUUUACAGCGGGAGGGCGGUGCCGUCCAAAUGGGAGGACGCCGAGCGGUGGGUAUGCAGCCCGGUGAUGGGUCACGGCGCCGGGAGCGAGUCUCAUCAUCAGCAGUCUCAGGCUCAGUUUCAGAAGCGACCCAAGUCGAAGAGUGGGCCAAUCGUGGCCCCUGGCGUGGUGCAUUACUCCAACUGUUCACCUGCACUCCAGGUGCUCGACGCUGGGUCUCUGAGAAAUUUCGUGGUCAAUUCGCCCUUUUCCACUGGGGUCUUGAUGCCUAAUGGUGUCGGCUUGCAUUAUGGGGCUGGUGGGGGAAGGAAUCAUGGUGUUGGUGUCGGUGGUGGUGGUGGGAGAGGCGAUGUCUCGAGGUCGGUUAGUGUCCCUGUCUGGUCAGAUUUGGUUAGUGAUUCUUCACUGCCUAGCUCCCCAGGAGUAUAUUUCGUUGACACAGAUGAGAGAGUAGAAGAGGAUAUGAUCAAUGAAGAAAAUACUGUUAGUCGUGUUGUUUCAAGAAGGGAUAUGGCAACCCAAAUGAGUCCAGAUAGCAAAAGCAACCACUCAUCUCCAAGGAGGUCUUCUCCACUAGCUAUUUUAGAUUCAGGGAGUAGAGAGCAUCCUUCUAAAAUGGAGAUCAGGGAAGUGCAGGUUGAUAAGAAGGCUACCGUAACAAGUUGGUCCACGAAGCGUUCUUCUGCUUCUACAGUCCAGAAAAGAUUGCCACCUCCCGCGGAAUUCCAUCACAAUGCCAUGGCUCUUACUAACAGUUGUUCUUGGGAUAUCACUGAGGCAGUUUCAGACUUCUCAAAGAUCCAAAGAGAGGAAGCCAAAAUCACUGCGUGGGAGAACUUGCAGAAGGCAAAAGCCGAGGCUGAGAUGCGAAAGCUCGAGAUGAAACUCGAGAGAAAGAGAUCAUCAUCAAUGGACAAGAUCUUGACGAAGCUGACAACAGCACAAAUGAAAGCACAGCAGAUGAGAAGCUCAAUGUCUAGCGUCCAGGAGCAACAAAUCCCCAAAAGAUCUGGGAAAUCCAAACCAAAGUCCAAGUAUCCCCGGUUUCGCUCCAUGAGAUGCUGCUUCACCUGCCAUGUCUUCUAAUCUCUUUUCUUGUCUUUGCUUAAGCCAAGAAACUAGUAUCAAUGUAGUGACUUUAUAAGUACAGAACCGUAUGACCAUUAUGUAUAAUGCUAGUAGGACUUGACAGUAAUCAAUUCUCAGAACUUGGUCAUACUGUACCAAUGAAGCUUUUGUUCAUAUCGCACAACUAGUGCAAAAAGACAUGAGACCUUACAGCUACACUACAAUACAGUCAACCUGAUCAA